GCAUGGCCGCCGGCGCUGCAGCCGCUUUAGCCUUUUUAAAUCAAGAGAGCCGAGCCCGGGCUGGGGGCAUAGGGGGCCUGAGGGUCCCGGCUCCGGUCACAAUGGAUAGUUUCUUCUUCGGUUGUGAGCUCUCCGGCCACACCCGCUCCUUCACUUUCAAGGUUGAGGAAGAGGAUGAUACGGAACACGUGCUGGCCUUGAACAUGCUGUGCCUUACCGAGGGGGCCAAGGACGAGUGUAAUGUGGUGGAAGUUGUAGCCCGAGAUCACGACAACCAGGAGAUCGCAGUUCCUGUGGCCAACCUCAGGCUGUCUUGCCAGCCCAUGCUCAGUCUGGAUGAUUUCCAGCUCCAGCCACCCGUGACCUUCCGCCUAAAGUCGGGUUCUGGUCCUGUGCGGAUCACUGGUCGGCAUCAGAUCGUUUGUAUAAACAAUGACUUUUCUGAAGAGGAAAGUGAGGACAAGGAGAGUGAAGAGGAGGAAGUUAAGAUGUGUGGCAUCCUUCCUGCCAAAAAGCACGGGGGCAGGCCCUAGCCCUCCUUGGUCACAUAGCGGCUUGCUACAGGCGCCCCGCACCAUAUGUUCCUGGACAAGUUUCAAGAACGUUUUUCUCGAUGAAGAGGAUCGUUUGGGAAGAUGGGAGGGAGUUGGGCUGGUGCAAAGAGAGCAAGCAUUCUCCAUCCACGUAUUUCUGCAGCUUCCCUCUUCUGUUGGAGUGGGAUGAUCUUUGAACACCUCUGGACCCACCUGCCCAGAUUGAAAGUUUUGUGAACCCCCAGUUCAAUUCCCAAGAUAGAAAACAAACAAACAAUAAGAUCUGAAGUUCAGAACAACACAUUUUUAACACUUUUUACAUUUUUAGAUAAAUGUCUAAAAUAAAGUGUA